AUGGCGGCCAACCAAAGAGUAGGUAGGGGUAGAUCCAUAAUUCUGGUAAUUUACAUGGCGUAUUUGCAUAACCAUGCAGCACCACUUGGCUGCUUUACAGUUGACGGCUGUGGGGAAUUUACACCAACUGGAGCCGAUGGAACACCCGAGUCAUUCCAAUGUGUUGCCUGUAACUGCCACAGGAAUUUCCACCAGAAGGUCGAGAUGGACAUUCCCCCACCCCGCUGCCGUCGACCACCCAGAGUACGACAGGACACCAAUCUAGCUGCUGCUGCAGCUCCUCCUCCUCCAUCAACGCCGCCUCAGCCAGUUGUUACAUUGAAUUAUCCGCCUGCGAGUCCACCGUUAACUGAUAUAAGCUCCGAAGAUCGAGUUUAA